AUGAGUGAGAAAAGCAGGAGAAGUCGGGCACGCAAAAAACGGGGCGAUUCGGUGACUUCUAAUCCCGGAUCUGCUUCCGGCCCACUUGAAGAGCUCCACGAUGCGGAAGCGCCCGGCUCUGACACGGAGUCCGCAGGGCGACCCGAAGAGCAUGAGGAUUCUUCUGAAACGCCCGAGUACACACAACUGACCGCCGAAGAAAUCGUGGAGCGAAGGGCAGACAUCCUUUCGAGAUCGAUUUUGCACUUGAAAAUAUCGUUGGCUCGCAGGAUGAAGUUGAAGGAAGAAAAUGAGCGCAUUUUGUCAGCAGCAACGGGUACCUCACGGCCGGUGCAUGAAGAACUUGACCUGGACUUGGCCUUCAGCUCGCUAGAAGAACGGCUUAUCGGCGAAAUAGACUGGGCCGGGAUGUCGAGUGUGCUGGAGAGACGCAGAAAAGAAUUGGAGGAGCUAACUCCUCGGGGGGCUGAAGCUGAAAUGAGCGUUGCUGAGGAGAUAUCCAAUUCGGCAUCCCCCCUCGGCGAGGCCGAAGAUCAGCCAUCGACGAGUACAGGGAUCUUCCAUAGCGAGAGGAAGCCGCGUAACCAGAAGCUGAUGAAGAAAGCCGGCACAAAGAAAGACACCACCAGCGAAAGAGCAAUUGGUACGCUCACUUUCCAUCAGCAAUCUUCAGCCCUUGUCUACAUUCCCGGCAUGUGCUUCGACAUCGCGGAGCCGAAGACGUCCGCUGCAGAGCAGAUCUUGAGAGAUUAUCCUACAUACGGACACGUCAGCUACAUUAACCAGGUCUCAAAGCCAGUGGUCGUGGCAGAUGCAUCGAGGAGGAAAUUGCCACGGAUGAAGCCUUAUCGGUUCGAUAACCAGGCUGCUCAUAAGGUGCAACCACAGAUCCCGGCCCAGGGUGUGCUUUUUAUGGGAAAUGCGAUGCAGCAAAAGCCGGAGGUGAACACGCGGAACGGAUUAUUGCUGCAUCGGCCAAGAAGCGAACCUUCACCUCGUAGGGCCGCGGUUACGUGGUUUUUAAAGUGGCGAAAAGAAAGAUGCGUGCACAGGAUGAAAGACGGGGAAGAAUUGCUGGCACUAAUGGAGAAGAUGCGUAAACCAGCGAAAGUAAUGACCAGCUUCACCUAUCGACCCCCGAUCGCAUACAGCCUAGUGGCUGGCCUGAAGAAAAACAUACGGUUCCCUCUUCUUGCCGAAAAAAGCGUAAAGCGUUCGGAGAUCGAGAAGACGUUGCUGGAGCCGCUAAAGUACUUGUCAGACUACGCCGUUUACCUGCCCGCAGCCCAGUCGCUUCCACGGGUGGUCGACGUAGGAGAAGGUCGUGCAGAGUUCUUCAGGCACCAGGACCGCCAGAUCGAGGCCAUCCACAGUCAAAUGUACAAAACUAUCGACAAGCGUGCUGUAGUAGUGGCCAGCCGGCAAGAGCUCCAACUUCCUGACACCCGCUUGAUCGAAUAUGAUUGCGGAAAAUUGCAAGUGCUAAAGGAUCUCCUGAAGCGCCUUUACGCGGAGAAGCAUCGUGUCCUCAUUUUCACUCAAAUGGCCAAAAUGCUCGAUAUUCUCCAAGUAUUCCUGUCCUUCCAUGGCUACCAUUACUUCCGGCUUGACGGAUCGACGGGCAUUGAGCAGCGACAUGCUAUGAUGGAACAUUUCAAUACUGAUCCGAAGAUCUUCUGCUUCAUUCUAUCGACACGUGCUGGAGGCGUUGGCAUCAAUUUGACCGGAGCCGAUACGGUGAUCUUCUAUGAUUCGGAUUGGAAUCCCACGAUGGAUGCCCAAGCGCAAGACCGUUGUCAUCGGAUUGGCCAAACCCGACACGUGACCAUCUACCGCAUGAUCUCCGAUAGAACCAUCGAAGAGAACAUCCUCAAGAAGGCCAUGCAAAAGCGCCGUCUUGGUGAAAUGGCCAUCGAUGAAGGCGGCUUCACCCCCGAUUUCUUCAAAGAGACCGACAAUCUGCGCGAUCUGUUUAAAGAUCUGGCGGAAGGUGACCUCCCGACAUCGAUCGAAGUCCCGAAAGAUCGUGCCGCUUUUGAGAAGGAUAUGAUCGCCGUUGAAGAUGCUCAGGACACCGAGAACUUGAAAUCCGUACGUGAUGAGGCUAAAGCGGAAAAUGCUGAAUUCGGACUGACAUCCGGCUCAGUCCGCGAGAAUCGCCUUGAUGAAAUUUCACAAGACCAAGCCCUAUUCCGCGAAGUGCUCGCUCGCAUGACCCCCAUUGAACGCUUCGCCUUGAAGGAAUUCGAGCGCAAAAAGGGCGAAGCAGUCAAGGCCAAACCGGGAGUGGGGAAACCCGCACCAAAGGUGCCUAUGCCUGUGCCGGCGGGAAAAGAUCGAGAACAGAGGAAGAUCAAGUCCGCCAAGCGCUCGCCGAUCAAGUCCCCUAAGAAACCACAGCCGACGCAACAUAAGACGCCGACAUCCACAAAUAGGAGCCAUCUUGGUCGAAACCCAAGGAAACGGCUUUGCGAUGAUGAUUACAUAUAUGAACCUGUAAAGCUGGCACGAAAAAAAAGCAAGGGCGACAGUAGUGGCGAUGAAGCCGAAUGGAAACCGCCUACCAAAGGCGCGAUGGCGAUUACGAGCAAAGCACGUGGCGAAAGGGCACCGCGCAAAAGAUCUGCUAAGUUUGAAGUCGAUACGUCCGAUUUAGCCGAUGAUGCGAGCGAACGUACCGAAGGCUCGAAUCGCCGGAAAUCUGGCGGCGACGGAAGUUCU